AUGCAGGUGGUAGCAUCAUCGUCAUCGCCGGUACCGAGUACGGUGGAUAGCGCCAUGAGUCGCAAUACGAGCGGUAGUGGUGAGGAUGGGGCUGGGAGCAGUGGCAGGGAGUGGAAGAGGUUGUUCAGUCAGAUGCAAUCGUCGGCGGUAUCGAGUGCUAGAAGUGGGAGUGGUGAUGCGUCUCUUGCGGGGAGUGGUCGGCGUGGGCGCGGUGGCGCUGGUGCUUCUCGCGGCGGCAGUAGCGGAAGCCGUGGUGGCGGUAGCCAGCGCAAUCGCAACCAUCCUCGUCAAGCCACACCCUCUGACUCACCCAACAGCACAUCAGCAUCACUGCUACCUCUGAUCCCCACCUCUUCCUCCGACCCGCUCUCCCGGAUCCGCCACAAGAUCCUUACCACUCCUCUACCACCAGACACGUUCCUCUCGCCAACUGGCACCACCUACCGCAGCAUUGUCUGGAAGCUGCUCCUCGAUAUAUCCUCUCUCGACGUCGCGUCGUACCUCUCCCUCGUCGCAAAGGGCAAGUCACCGUCGCACGACAAGAUCCGCAACGACACGUUCCGCACACUCGCCACCGAUCAGGGCUUCAAAGAGCGCGUCAAGGAGGAGAAGCUCAUCCGGCUGCUCGAUGCGUUUGUGUGGAAGCACAACCGGGCGGAGGACGGCGAGGAGGUGGAUGACGCGGACGCUUCGGCGGCGUACGAGUUCAGCUAUGUUCAAGGAAUGAACGUGCUGGCUGCGCCGUUCCUUUAUACAUGUCACAGCGAGGUCGAGGCAUUUCGCUGCUUCAGCCGGUUCAUCGAGUAUUGUUGUCCGUUAUACGUGCAGCCUACGCUGGCGGGCGUCCAUCGAGGGCUUCAGCUGCUCGACCGAUGCCUAGAGAUCCUCGACCCGCCACUCUACACGCACCUCCGAUCCAAAAACCUCUCCGCCGAAAUCUAUGCCUUCCCCAGCGUGAUGACGCUCUGCGCUUGCACCCCCCCACUUCCCGAAGUCCUCCAGCUCUGGGACUUCCUCCUCGCCUUCGGCGUCCACUUCAACGUCCUCUGCAUCGUUGCCCAACUGCACAUAAUGCGCACCGACCUGCUCGAAUCCUCCUCGCCCAUGAAACUCCUCCGCCACCUCCCGCCCCUCGACGCGCGCAAGAUCAUCAACGUCACCGUCACGCUCGCACGAGACGUCCCGCACGAUCUGUUCGAAGACCUCGCCAAACACCCGUACCAUCCUGACAGCGUCCUCGGCUUCACCUAG